GUGAGAUGCGGAGUUUGGAAGUUCUUCCUAGGAUUUGUAAAGAGGCUCUAGCUGUUCUCCCACACAUUUUUCCUGGAAAUGAGGACUAGCUAUUCCACUGGCAGAAAAGAUCCUGGCUGGUAAAAUAAGGAGCCCAGAUAGCAUGAAGACCAUGAACUUGUCUUCUGAGCACUGCAACAUCUCGGACUGGCUCAGGCUAGAAGCAACGGUGAAGGCCUCUAUAUAUGUGGUUGCUUUCUCCUUUGCCACAUUCAUCACUAUCAUUGUUAUCGCGAUAGUGUCACAGAAUUUGAAACUGAGGAAAGAGAUCCGGUACAUUCUCCUUUGUCACCAUCUCCUGUGCGUCUCCUCCUACUGUGGCCUGGGAAUUGUUUUCCAAGGAAUGCGGGCACUGCUGGCCAACAGCCCACUGCUGAUAUGCUGGGUGGUGUUUGGGGCACAGCUGAGUGUUGGAGAAGGGAUUCUCUUCACUCUGGCCUUGAUGGCUGUCAACACUUACCUGGCAAUUUGCUGGCCAUUGCGAUCUCUGUCCCUUGUCAGUUCAGUUAAGUACAGGAUUCUGGCCGGGACUUGGACCACCAUUAUACUCAAGAAUGUUUGCUUAUUCCUCAUGGAGGGCACUAGCCCCACUGCAGUUGCUGUUUUACAAUCAGAGCCCCUUUGCCCUGUGAUCUUGAAUGGCACUCCUGCGAGAGUCAUCGGCAUCGUUCUCCUUUUCCUUCUUUUGUCUGUCAUUCUUGUAAGUUACUCCCUGAUUUACCAGGAAGGGAAACGGGCUGGCCAUUUUAAUAGAUCAAAUAUCAAAGCAAGGAAAACGGUCUUUAUUCAUUUAGUGCAGAUGGGCUUACAUGUAGUACCCACCCUAGUAUUCAUAGGUUUGGGGAAGAUGUGUGGGGUGUUUUUCUUUGCUUUAAAUCUGGUGCUUUUUGGCAUCUUUGCAUUUGCCCAGUGUUUCAACCCUCUAAUCUAUGGGCUCCGGAAUAGAGAGCUGCAAAGCAGAUUACAUCGUUGGAUGUGCUGUCAGCUGUGAUAUGGUCACAUGAUAAACAGCAGAGGGCUAGUUUAAACAAAUAUCCAGCCAUUUUGAAUCAAUAACUCUAGUCCAGAUGGACACAUCAGCUAAGAUUGAGGACCUGCCUUUUACUCAACCUAAAAAUGGUGCCUUGACUUGAUUUUGAAAGCAAUAUAAGUCAAAUUUAUUUGUUUGGCGUACAAACUUCCUUCCUGCAUAUACUGAAUUGGUCUCCGUGAAACCACUUUACAUCUUUAAUUCAAAACCCAGAUCAGCAUUCUUGGCAGCAUGUCCUACUAUGCUUGAGUAGUAAGGGAAGGCAAGUUAGGCAGCUUUUGAGAAUGCAUUUAUACCCUUCUAUCAAUUAGGGUUAGGUUUGGCUGCAUAUAAUAACAAAAACAGUAACAAAAUAACAGUGACUUUAAAAGACAGAGAUUAAUUUUUUUUCUAAAAUUAAAGAAAUCCAGAGAUAAA